CGGAUUUAUCGAAGUUGGCGCCAAAAUCUCCGUAACGUAACCUCGACACUGCGGGUUGGUGGCUUGGCAUAACAGGUGGGCGUGGCUGGCUUAAAAACACGGCAAUGUCGGGUGGUGUGUGUCCGUUCAGCCUGACGUGGGGCCUGGUGUACCACGCGGCGCUGACGGUGGUGCUGCUGGUGGUGGCUGGAGCACAGGGGGUCAUUCUGGACAUCUACAUUCUGGCGUUCGACAAGAAAACAUCUUUAAAUUAUUUUUGGCUCCUUCCGGAUUUCCUGAUGGUGUUUCCCUUCGUGGCGGCGAUGUAUGGGGGCUACAGGAGGAACAAGGAGAUGAAGCGACACCAUAGCAACACCACACAACACCACCAACUCCACCAGCACACCCCAGUCCAUGAACGCAUCUUUGGGGUACGAGCAGAGCCUGUUUACGUGUGGGUUCUCUACACUGCUCUGAUGGUCGCCAAGAUUUGUGUCAUUUUCCGCUCCGAGAUACCGAAUAUGAUCAGCACCGAUGCGUUUCUAAGCCCACAGUUGCUCAAAGUUACGAUUUCCCUCACCGCUCUUGUGUUUGGGCUUUUAGUGGAGGGGCAGAGCACAUGGGGUUCCGCAGGGCCUUUACAGGAAGACGUGAAGGCUAGAGAGGCAUAUAUACGUGCCCUAUCCCACGGAACAGCUUUAGAAACCCUGGACACUGUAGCAUUUCUCCCUCGAAUCCAGAGUGAGUCAAGCUUAGUUCUCCCUCUCUCUCUUGAGCAACUGAUACUUUCUCUAGCUUGCAUCAACUUAUUCCUCCCAGCUUUGGCUCUGGUUAAGCUUUCACACUCGGAUUACGGCCUUGGUAAGCUGAACCGCAUCUUACCGCCAAUAUACAAGCUCACACACCUCUGGCUGACCAACAUCUCCUUCAUGGUCAUUAGAAUCUACCUCUGGGCUGGUCUGUCCGCCUCCGUCUCUCCAUUCUUAGUCAAAAACAUUUAUCACAUCUUUGCUGUCUUGCGAGAGGUUUGGGGGGAGUUUAGAGGCAUGUGGGGAGGCAAGGGGGGUGUGCAGGGGGUGAGGAUGUGUCUGUGGGGGUGCUGCUGUCCCCAGAGGAGGUAUGGGAUGAAGGGGCAAGCUGUGGCGCUGAGAAAUGUAAGGGGUAGCGUGGACUCAGAGGAAGUGGUGGCAGGUGGUGGAGGGGAGCGCUUUGAAGAGAUUGAUUUGAGGCAGUGUGAUAGGGUAUAGAAAGAGUGAGAGAGCUGUGUUUGCUGUUUUCAUUGCUGUGUUAUGCUGUUUGGUACAAGAUUAGAGUGAGAGAGAGAGAGAGAGAGAGAAUGUUUGCUGUUGUAGAUGCUGUUUGGUACAAGAUUAGAGAGAGAGAGAGAUGUUUGCUGUUGUAAAUGCGGUUUCCAUUCUUAUUUGGCACAAGAGAGAGAGAGAGAAUAGGGCUGUGUUUGCUGUUUAUAUUUGCUGUGGUGUUUAUGCUUUGGUGUUUGGUAUCAAGCAGAGAGAGAGAGAGAGAGCUGUUAUCAUUGUCUUUCGUAUGUCAAUUAGGCGAGUCAUAUUUGAUCUGAAGGCUGUGGGACUGUUACAUUAGGUAAGGUUAGGCUAGGCUAGGCUAGGUUCGAGUCUGUCUCCUCCUGUGUCGGUCCGAGUGAUGUCCUGGAGUGUGUGGUUUCCAGAUCUUGAAGUAAAGCAUAGUCUGUCCUUCUAACGAGUGUGCAGAUCAACAGAAAACGAGCCUUCACACAUUUAAUGCCAUAAAUAAACAGAAAAGCUUAGUCUGUCCUUAUAAUGAGUGUAGAUGAACAGAAAACGAGCAUUCAUACAGAGUCAAUGCUGUGAAUAAGCUAGAGUGUGUUUUGAAUCCAGGAGAUGCAUUGGUGUUGUAGUGUUUGUGAUUGGCUAGGUUAAGUUAGGUUAGGUCAGGCUAAGGGCGAGUCAGGCUGGUUUAAGUUGGGUCAGGUUAGGUCAGGUCAAAGUCAUGUUAGAUUAGGUUACUAUCAAAAUACCUUAAACUUUCAUUGCCAAUAGUAGUUAGGUCAGGUUGGGUCAGGCUGCUGUGGUCCUUCAUUGGCAAUACUAGUUAGGUCAGGUUGGGUCAGGUUAGGUUAGGUUACUGUCAAAAUACGUUAAACUUUCAUUUCCAAUACUAGUUAGGUCAGGUUGGGUCAGGUUAGGUCAGGUCAAAGUCAUGUUAGAUUAGGUUACUAUCAAAAUACCUUAAACUUUCAUUGUCAAUACUAGUUAGGUCAGGUUGGGUCAGGUUGGGUCAGGCUGCUGUGGUCCUUCAUUGGCAAUACUAGUUAGGUCAGGUUGGGUCAGGUUAGGUUAGGUUACUGU